UGCACCGAGCAAAGAUUAGCAGCGGGUCAGUCGGGCUCAGCAGUCUUACGUUGCGGGGUCUUCCGACAGUGUCCAUCUGCACAACUCUGCUGCACUGACCACUUUCCUCUGUCAGGGAAAAGAUUGCAGCAGCAUUGCGCUGGACGGGCGCAGAGCGCUCGACUUCAAUUUGUGUGGGAGGCCACGCUGAGUUGGCGCUGCACUGAAAUGAAGUUCGCGAUUUUAACGUGUCUUGUUCUUUGUUGUGGAGGCACGUCAAGCCACAGCGUAUACCAAAGGCAGUUCCGGUGGUGGCCAUCGGGAGACAGCGCAGAUCAACUUCCACCUGGAGUGCCAGGGCAAGACCAUGUUACUGGUGACACUGCCGAAAUAACUAGCAGAAUCGCCUCAGGUGCAGCCAGUUACAGCGGUUCUUACGGAGGCAGCUACGGCGGUGGCUACAGUGGCAGCUACAGAGGUAGCUACGGAGGCAAAGGUUACGGGGGUGGUUAUGGAGGUGGAUAUGGGGGUGGUUACGGAGGAGGUUAUGGGGGUGGUUACGGAGGCGGCUACGGUGGCGGAUACGGGGGCGGAUACGGUGGCGGCUACGGUGGUGGAUAUGGAGGCGGCUUUGGUGGUGGUUAUGGAGGCCAAAGCUGGGUAGCCAGAAGCGGAGAGAGUGGCAGUGAUACCACAGGGAGCAGCGGACAUGGUGGUGGAAGCGGGGGUGGAAGCGGGGGUGGAAGUGGGGGUGGAAGCGGGGGUGGAAGCGGAGGUGGAAGCUUCAAUGAAACUGAUCACACAAGGGGAUACAGGAAUGGCUUUGGUGGUGGUUACGGAGGCGGACAUAGUCGCAGUUAUGAAAGUCGCAGUAGGGUUGUGAUUAGCGACGAACGAGGAGGUGAUUUGCGCAGAGGCGGAAGCAUAAGUCGGAACGAAGCGGGCACUGGCAGUGGCUAUGGAGGUGGUUAUGGAGGAAGCCAUGGUGGCAGCUAUGGUGGAAGAACAGCCAAUCUCAGUGGCACAAGUAGCACUGACACUACAAGCGGCAAUGGUUACGGUGCAAGUGAAAGUGGUGGAGGCAGCCGAUAUCGAGGUAGUUAUGGAGGUGGUUACGGAGGCGGCUAUGGAGGUGGUCAAUGGGUCAGCACAGACGUGCGUGGCAGUGAAAGUGAAAGCAGUGCUGAAACGGCGGGGGCACACAUUAGUAGUAGCAGAGGUACCAUGAGAAACGAAUCAGGUAGUGGCAGUGGGUAUGGAGCAAGUUACCAAGACAACUACAGAAGCGAACAAAGAAUCGGACAUGGAGGUGGUUAUGGAAGCGGCUACGGCGGUGGCCAUGGAAGACAUAGGUUCGCGAACACUGAGGAAACUGGCACGGGACAUCGCAGAGUGAACGUAAAUGAAACUUCAAGCGGUAGCGUGGGUGAAGGUGGCUACAGAAGUGGAUAUGGAGGUGGUUAUGGAAGUGGUUACAGAGACAGAUAUAAUAGAGGUGGUUACCGUGGAAGUUAUGAAGGGCGAAGCCGAGUUGUGCAUGCUGAAGAAAGUGUUACUGAGACCAGACGUGUCACCGAAUACGGUGAUACGAGCAGCAAUGAAACAGGAACCAACACCAGAUACGGAGGCAGCAACAGAGGUGGCUACGGUGGAGGCCACGGUGGAGGCUACGGUGGAGGCUACGGUGGCGGAUACGGUGGUGGCUACGGAGGUGGCCAUGGAGGUGGUUAUGGCGGUGGUUACGAAACGCAGCGACGUAUUUCAAGCAACCUCAGAAAUGAAACCGACAGAGUGAAUGUCAGCGAAUCUGGAGGAAACCAUGGAGGCAGUUAUGGAGGUGGCUAUGGAGGUGGCUAUGGAGGUGGCUAUGGAGGUGGCUAUAGUGGAGGCCACGGAGGUCAUAGCAGUGUUCGUGUCGGAGAAGAAAGCGCCACAAGUGUCAGAAGUGGCGGCAGAUAUCUGGGUGCAAGAGGCGGCAGUGAAACCACUAGUGAUAAUGCUCAUCACCGUAGAACCGGCGAAGGCUCUGGAGGUGGAUACAAUGGAGGUCUUGGAGACACAAGAGCUGUUGUGAACGACACCGAAAGCGGCAGUGAAUCCGCAAGAGGUACUGGACGCGGAGGUCGAAGAGGAGACAUAACAGUGACCGAUUUCGAAAGCGACGCCCAAGAUUAUCAUGGCGGUAGUAGAAGGGAUGGCGCCAGUGAACGAAGAAGCGGUACAAGUGGGCAUGGGAGUAGAAUCAGCGAUAUAAAUGGUGGUGGUAGCAGUAUUAGUAGUGGUGGUGGAAGCGGAGGAGGUAGUGGUGGUGGUGGUAGCGGGUUCAAUACAAGAAGUGGCAGCACUGGAGACCGAAGCACGAGUGAAGGCAGCAAUGCCGGUGACAACAGCCGUGGUUUUGGCCGUGGUCUCGCUGGCAGCCGUGGCAUAUACGCCGGUGGGUAUAUUGUCGAGUAUGGAGAACGAACAAGCUCACGUGUUGAAACUUCCCGGGGAUCUGAUGUUCCAUGCGUCCGAGUGCGCAACUGUGCCAGCAUAAUCACAGCAUCAACGGGCAUGCGUCCUGGGGCGGUGCAUGCGCCCGAAGAACAGUCAGCAUCAAGAGGGCACGUGCAAGAAAUCGUCAACGAUUCUCAAGUACGCCUUCGUGAUCUUGCUCAGCGACCAGCAGAAAGUGAGGAGCAAAUAGGUGACGACUAAAAGCUCAUCUUCCACUUAACGCUACAUUCAUGAACUUUGUUGAAUUUGAUUCCGACAAACUAAUUUCAAACAUUGAGCUGAUUCGUUAAGCACUAGGAAUAAAGAUUUAUUAUUCGCAGUUA